GUCGUUAACUAAAUAAAUCUCUUUACAGUGAUUUUACAGUGAUUAAUAAGUGUAAUUAAAAAGAAAUGAAGGAUAUCGUGUGAUAUACAUAUGUCUUUAAUCUAAUAACGAAAUAUAAAAAGUGAUUCAUAAGCAUCUUUUACUUGGUUUCCUUCUCGGUAUAUGUCUUGCUAAACAAGUUUACCUUGAAACAAACUGAAAAAUCGAAAGUGCAAUGCAUCCCAUAAAAAACGAGAUGGCGAUCGUGAGCUCAAGAAUACCAUACUCUUCGUUCAGCAUUUGGCUCUUUCUCAGCAUUGAAUUCGUAAUUAGUACCUUGCUAUCUAUUUUCCUGAGAAUCCUUAAGAUAUUCAAAUCACUGCUGCCGGAACCACCGAGAGAUUUGACUGGAGACGUAGUUUUGGUGGUCGGUGCUACUUCCUCUUUAGGCAGAUCUCUCGCGGCUGAAUUCGUGAAAAGCGGCUGCUCCGUUAUUUGCGUGGACAACGAUCACAAGUUAAUCGAGGAAACAGCAUCGAGAUUGAAACAACAGCAUCUCACCACCGACGAAGCCAAGCCGAGGCACAGAGAGGACGAUUCUUCACGAUGCAACUCGACUAUAUCUGCUUACGAGUGUGACCUCUCGAAUAGAGAUGCCAUUAAGAGAACAGCCCAAAAAGUGAAAGAUGAUAUCGGAAACAUCAACACUUUAGUGAUCUGCAUUGACAAUUCGAGCGAUGACGCUUUCGACAUGACCAGCAAGACUUUAAUGGCUCAUUUUUGGACAGUCCUCGCGUUUCUUCCAAUGGUAUUGGAUCAAAAACGAGCCCAUAUAAUUGGAGUGACCCCAAUCGCAUCGAAUAACGACGCUUAUCAUGGUUCCAAAGCAGCUGUAAUGAGUUUCAUGGAAUGCAUGUGUCAAGAAUUGGGCCACCAUAGUAAUGAUUUAACAUUUUUGGCAUUCUCUCCAAUUAGAGAAUGCAGUACAUUGAAAGAGAGCGAAGAACGAGUGGCCAAGAACAUUGUGAAAGCAGUAAAGACCAAUCAGUAUAAUAUGAGCGUCAGCUGGAUAUCCAAAUCGCUGUAUCACAUAAGUUGUAUGAUCUACAACGGAAUAACGUUGCUCACAGAGUGGACCCACCUUCAUGGAUGCGAUUAUCACACGUAAAUAUGAGUCCUCUCUCGCUUUACGCUCAACACAAUCAU